AUGUCAUACGGUGGAUACUCAAAGGCGGGCUAUGGUGCCCAGGGUGGUGACGAUUCCGGCGGUUUCUUUGCGGGAGGUUCACAGCAAGGCAGCCAAGGCGGUGGCGGCCAAAAAAACUUCCAGGACGAGUCUCUACGACCCGUCACGGUGAAGCAGAUCCUCGAAGCCGACGAGGCCUUUGCUGGCGCCGACUUCAAAAUCGACGGCCAGCCCGUCACCCAGAUCACAGCCGUUGGCCAAGUCCGCUCAAUCAACCCGCAGCCCACCAACAUCACGAUUCGCAUAGACGAUGGCACCGGCACGCUCGAGGUUAAAAAGUUUAUCGACGUCGACAAGCAGCACGAGGCGACCAACCCGGGGUUCGAGGUGGACCAGCACGUCCGCGUGUGGGGGCGGCUGAAGAGUUUCAGUGGGAAGCGCUACGCCAGCGCGCACCUGAUUCGCCUCAUCACAGAUCCCAACGAGGUAAACUACCAUAUGCUGGAGGCGACAUAUGUUCACUUGUACUUCACCAAGCCUCAACCUGGCGAUACUGGUGGCGAUGGCGACGGCAUGUUCAUCGAUGGUGGAGCUGGCGCGGGUGGCAUGGGCGGACAGUCCAACAGCAAACUGUCCGGGUGCUCCAACCCGGCGAGGCGGAUGCACACGUACAUGAACUCUGCGUCGGGCGGGAAUGAGGGUGUGCAUCUGAACAAUGUGGUCAGUGGGACGGGCAUGUCGAUGAAUGACGUGCUCAAGGCGGCAGAGGAGUUGUUGGGACAAGGACUGAUCUACACGACUGUAGAUGACGAGACUUGGUCGAUCUUGGAGUACUGA